UCAGCACAAGACGUGACAGAGGCCGUUCAGGAAAAACCUACAAUGGCGUCAACACUGAGUGAUGGAGGUGUGAGCAUCAGUAGUGAUGAUAAGGAGCUUCUUUGUGAGGAGACGUUUAGCUUCGACACCAUCAGUGGUGUCAUCUUCAUUUUUAUCUUUGUCCUCAGUAUCACAGGCAACUGUCUUCUUUUAUGUGUUCUUGCCAUCUACGAGAACCUUAAAAAUGUCACAAAUCUGUUUGUCCUGAACCUGGCCUGCUCCGAUUUGCUCUUCACUGUCACACUUCCAUUCUGGGCCGUCCUUAAACUGCACCACUGGAUCUUCGGGGAGUUUGCCUGCAAACUUUUGACUGCGCUAUACAUCAUCGGUUUAUACAGUAGCAUCGUUCUACUAACUGCCAUGACUGUAGAUCGUUUCGUAACAGUUGUGCUGCAUAACUGGCCAAGCAACCGUUUAAGGAGGCAGAGAUGUGCAAUCGUUGCCUGUGCAGUGGCCUGGAUCAUCGGUAUUGCUGCAUCUGUGAGUGACGCUAUCAAAGUAAAGGUGGUAAACUACUGGGAUGGUCUUUACAAUUGUGAGGAUACUUCUGAGGGCUAUGAUGUCAAUCUGGGAUAUUAUCUCCAAGUGUCCCUGCUCUUCUUCCUCCCAUUUGCCAUCAUUGUUUUGUGCUACUCUGCCAUCCUCAAGACAGUUUUGCAGGCUUCAAACAGAAGAAGGUACAAGACUGUAGUGGUGGUGUUGUGUAUUGUUGCAGCCUUCUUCAUUUGCUGGGGACCAUUCAAUAUUUUGCUUUUCAUAGAGCCUUUUUAUGAACCAAAAAGCUGUGAAGCAAAAAAACAACUGAACAUUGCCUUUGAUAUUUGUAAAAUACUUGCUUUUUCUCACUGCUGUAUGAACCCUCUGCUGUACAUGCUCUCACAAAAGCUGCGACGGCAUCUUUUGGAUCUUUUAUGUUGCAUGAAGGCCAGGGUGAGGUACAGGGCGAGUGGCAUUACCAAGAGCACUUCUGUUAUUCAGAAUGUAGCUUUUGUUGCACAAAACUCUGCCAUUAUGUUGGAACUAAACUAAACUAAAGUAGGUGUGGAAAUUAAACACCUAUAAAUGCUUUUAAAUUAUAUAUUUUGUAUUUAUUGAAUUCUACCAAUGUUUUGCAUGUUUCAUUAAAAUGUGAUGGGGGUCUAUUUUAAGUAAGUCUUCAAUAAAUGUGCCAAGUAAAUGAUAAAUAUGUGUUUAAAAAUAUACACACACAUAUAAGCGUGUAUAAUAUGUGUGAAUUCUUUCACUGCUGCACUUCCUCAGCCUUUGUGAGUGGACACAGCUGUCUCUGCAAUGCAUUUGAAUAAAUU